UCCUGCAAAUUAGACAACGCACACAAACAAAACACACCACACUCCUUUCUCUACCCAUCCUUUGUCUUCCUCCACAUUCUUCUCUCUUUCUUCCUCCAAGAAGUAACACAAUUUCCCAGAUUCAAAGCUCUUUUCCUUUUUCAAAGUCUUUCAAAAGGAAUUAAAGAAUCUCAGCAACCAUCUCUUCUUAUUCUUCCAUUUUUUUCAUAUACAGUAGUAAGAUAAUUUACUCUGUUAAAACUUCAGAAAAAGCAAAAGAAAACACACACAAAAAAUUAAUCUUAACUUUCUCUUUUUUUUUGGUAAUAUCUCUUUCACUCACUUUAAAGUUUCUUCAGAGAUUCGAAAACAAUAUCUUCCAGAAACUGCUUCAAGUUUCUUCUACUCGAUCAACCUCAUCACCCACUUCUCAUAAAAAGCACCAACCAAUUCCAAACUUCAAAUCUCUUCCUCAGUCUUUUUUAUUUAUUUUCAGACAAGAUUCGAGACAAUCUUGUGUUCUGCUGAUUUGUUGUAUUACAAUACAAACUUAUGGAUCGAAAGAAAGGGUGCAAGAUCAGGAAGAGAGGUGGUUCUUCCUCCUCUUCUUCUUCUCUAGCUCGUCAAAACCGCUUCAAACGCGCAAUUUUCGCCGGAAAAAGAGCCGCACAAGACAACGGCGGUUCAGGAACUCCGGUUAAGUCCAUCUCCGCCGCUAAAACUCCCGUACUCUUGUCCUUAUCGCCGGAAAAACACUCUGUAGAUCAGUUUCAGAAACUCCCCGUGUCGGCAAGAAAGCUGGCGGCAAGCCUGUGGGAGAUCAGCGACGGCGGCACAGAUCCUGCCCUAAACUCCGACAGAGAUAACUUGAGAAGCAAGAAACCGUCGGGAAACAGAAGGAAGAAGUCAGCAGAGAUCUCUUCCCAUCACAUCCAGCUGAACUCAUCCGAUCCCAUUUCCCGGUUUGGAUCAGAGAGAAUCAUUCUUGGAGAAGAUAUAGUUCGUGGAAGAUCAACAAAUCCUCAGAAAGUUCAAUUAAUCGAAUACAAAACCACCGGCACAAACUCGGUGAAAACUCGUUUCAAGAACAUCAACGACGGCUUAAAAACGUCUAAAGAGCUCGUAAAGGUCUUAAAACGUAUCGGUAAGCUCGGAGACGAUCACAAGACAGCAAGCAACCGUUUAAUCUCUGCUCUGGUUUGCGAACUGGAAAGAGCAAGAUCUUCUCUGAAGCAUCUAAUGAGUGAGUAUGACAAGGAGGAGGAAGAGAAUCGGAGGUUAAUAGAGAAGCUUCGAGAAGAGGCGGUGAUUGAGAGAAAGCUCAGGCAAAGAACGGAGAAGAUGAAUAGAAAGUUAGGGAGAGAGCUCGCUGAGGCUAAGGAGACGGAGAGGAAGACGAAGGAGGAGAUGGAGAGAGAGAAGAGAGCGAGGGACGUUCUCGAGGAGGUGUGUGAUGAGCUGGCGAGAGGUAUCGGAGAAGAUAAGAAAGAUAUGGAGAAAGAGAGGGAGAUGAUGCGAAUAGCUGAUGUUUUGAGGGAAGAGAGGGUUCAGAUGAAGCUUAUGGAGGCGAAGUUCGAGUUCGAGGAGAAACACGCCGCCGUGGAGAGGCUGAAGAAGGAGCUCCGGAGGGUUCUUGAGGGAAAAGGGCCGUCGGAGAUUGGUCAGGUGUUAGAGAUAAUAGAUGGUUCUGAUGAUGAUGAUGAGGAGAGUGACCUUAAGUCUAUUGAGCUGAACAUGGAGAGUGGAAGUAAGUGGGGUUACGUUGAAAGCCGGAGAGAUCACCGGACGGAAUCAAGAUUUGUUGGCUCCGGCGAAGAUGAUGAUCCUGUGGAGAAGAGAUCAGUGGUUGUUGACAAUGGAGAGAGAGAUGAAUCUUUGAAGACCCUAAAAGAGUACAUUGUUUCCAAUAUGAGAUUCAUUGGCUCGUCAUCGUCGGAGCAGUGGAAUCAUCGGCACUUACCAAGCGUGGAGUUUGUGUAAUCACCGGAGCUAGAGCCGGCAAGGAAAAAAUAGUAUCAUUUUUUUAAUGUGUAUAUGUAUAUUUUAUUCUAUUUAAAUUUUGGAU